AUGCUAGAAGAUUCACAUUUGAUGAAAAACAGAACUUUAUCAAGACUAUUGGAAAAAUUAACAUUCAAUCCAGGAUUAAAUGCUCACAUUUUUCAGCAACUUGAACAUACCGUGAGUCGAAUUAAAUCUCGUCAAGAUAAAGUAUGCGCUCUUAUCUUUGAUGAAAUGUCAUUGUCCACAAAUUUGAAGUAUGAUCAAGUUGCUGAUAAGAACAUAGGAGUGGAGGAUGAUGGAUCUGAAAGAAAGGCAAGGUUGGUUGAUCAUGCCAAUGUAUUUUUCCUCAAGGGAUUAUACAGGCAAUACAAGCAACCUCUUGCAUUCACUUUCAGUAGAGGUCCCAAUACCAGUAUAACUUUGAAAGAUUUAAUCAAAAAAUUGAUUGGAGAGUGCCAAAAAAUCGGAUUGAAUGUUAUGGCCACCAUCUGUGACCAAGGGACCAAUAACCAAGCAGCCAUAAAACUGUUAAUCCAAGAAAGAAAGGCUUUUUGCUUGGAAAUGGGAGUGGAUGAUAAUUAUUUUGGCUUCUUAAUCAAUAACAAGGAGGUAGUGCCCCUCUUUGAUACUCCUCAUUUAUUUAAGGGUUGGAGGAACAACCUCCUUGUUGAAGAAGCACAUUUUUUUUUGAAUGGGGAGAAAAAAAUUGCCAAGUGGUCUCAUAUUGAGCAAUUUUACCAUUUGAACUUAUCAGACCAAACAUUAAGAAUUAAAAACAAACUUACAGAUGUACAUGUGAUCCCUGAGAAGAUCAACAAGAUGAAGGUGAAAUUGUGCAUCCAGGUUUUCAGCCAUCGGGUCAAUGAUGAAAAUAAGGACACGGCUUUGAAAUACUUCCUUUUGGGCUGCACUGAGUUUCAUGAGCGGCACACUGCCGAAAAUGUAUCUAAUUUAUUUAAUGAAACCAUACAUUGGGGUAUUGCGAACAAGAUUACAGAAAUAAUAACGGGUAAUGCUGCUAAUAUAGCGGCAGCCAUUCACUCGACAACCUGGAGACAUUUUCCAUGUUUUGCCCAUACCUUGAAUCUAACAGUUCAACAUAGCUUGGAUGCUAUAAAUGAACAGUUGCAUAAAGUGAAGGCAAUAGUUCAAUACUUCAAACAUAGUUCCUCAUCUUGUAUCAGACUUACUGCAAUACAAAAACAGAUGAAUUUACCCAUUCUUGAACUAAAUCAGAGCGUUGUCAAGAGGUGGAAUUCAACAUAUGGUAUGCUGGACAGACUCCUCAAAAUAAAAGAUGCUGUUGUUAGUGCACUGGUCAUUGAACAACCUCGGCUCAACACUUUAACCCAUGAUGAAUGGACUCUGUUAGAAAAGUGCGUGGAAAUUUUGAAGAUAUGUUAUGAGGUGACUGUUGAUAUGAGCACUGAAAAAUCCGUGUCAAUUUCCAAAGUGAUGGUUCUGGUCAAAAUAAUGAAAACUCAAGUGGAAAGAGCUAUCAGUCAAAGUAUUGAGAACAACACGUUGGCCAUUGAAGCAGCUCUACUAGAUCCCAGAUUUAAGAAGCACGCAUUUUUACAUAAGGAGAAAUAUCAUCAGUGCCUCAACUCCAUUAAGAAAAAACUCCGUUCAUUAUUUGUGGAUGAAGAACCACCACCAAUACCACAAACAUCGAGUCAAUCUACUAAUGUUAACGUGUGGGCCGAGUUCGAAAAGGAAAUUGAAAAAGAGAUGGUCCGAAAUCCCACAGCAGCUAGUACUGUAUGCACUGAUCCAGAAAUGCAGGAAGUCUCUAUGGAAAUUGAUCAUGCCCAAGAACCUAUACAUAAAGAUUCGAAUGAGCCUUUGGAAAUAGAGGAAUUCCAGGGAACUUGUCUAGUUGUAAAUAAUGAGGAGAGGCCUGUUAUUGAAAGUAGUGGAAAAUCAUUGUUGAGGCAACUAAGAGUUUCCAAAUAUAACUUGUCUCAACGAGAAAGGAUUUUGUUCAAUCUUUUGAAAAAAUCGAAACGCAGAUAUAACAUGGUCUCCAAUAAGUUCUACAAAUUCAAGACUAGGAUGAACGAGGCAAAAAAAUUUAUGGAGAGAAAUUUAUUUGGAAAAUUGGCUGCCUUUGUCAACCAGUCAGGUAAUGCUGUUUUGGCUGAUUUGAGCCCAAAUUCAUUGAAAAGAAAGCUGAUAUGUAGCAAACAUUUCAAUGAAAUAUUCACCCAAUCGACCAAAUUGCCGCUAAAUGCUGAGCCAUUCCGCUAUAUCAGCGAUGAAAGCUCAGGAAGUGAGUCAGAUACGGAAAAUUCGGAUAAUCCAAUAGCGCACAUGAAUGUUGUCCCGGUUACAAAAACAUAUCCGGGCCCGUCAAAAAAGAAUUCAAGUGGCCGAAAUUAUCACAUGGAGAUUGAUCUAAUUUCUUCAGAUGGUUCUCUUCAUGAACAGGAGGAUGAAAAUUGGCUCAGAGAUCUUUAUAAUCUUCCAACGAAGUCAAUUGGAAGUGAAAAGAAAAAUCGUUUAUUGGAAGAGGAGAACAAACGGCUGAGACUUGAAUUGGAGAACAGCAGGAAAAAACUCAAUAACACGAAGGUGCAAUUGAGAAAUGCUAAAAAGAAAAUUAUGAAUGCUGAACAUCAUACAAAAACAUUUGGAGAAGCAUCUAUAACCGGUUUCGCAAAAUCUUUAAUAAAUAUGCAGGUACGUCAUAGGGCGAAAUCCCCAUGGCAAGCAAGCGAGAAACGGGAUGCCUUAUCCCUCUUUUAUAGGGGCCCUAAAACUUAUAGAUAUUUACGGCAAAAAGGAAUUAAUUUACCAGGGAUUUCAACUCUGAAAUCAUGGAUAAAUAAUUUCAAUUGCAAACCUGGGUUCAAUAAAAAAAUUUUUUUACAAUUGUCAUUGAAGGCAGAUUCCAUGAUGCCUCGUGAAAAAAAAUGUAUUCUCAUGUUCGAUGAAAUGAGCAUAAAGAGGAAUAUAGAUUAUAAUAAACACACGGACAUGAUAGAAGGUUUUGAAGAUCUGGGAGAAUUCGGCAGAAAAUCUUCUCCUGCAAGCCAGGCUCUUGUAUUGAUGAUAAGGGGAAUAUACAGCACAUGGAAAAUUCCUAUUGCAUUUUUUGUAUCGGAGGAUGGGGUGUCAUGCGAAUCCUUAUUGCUCAUCAUUAAGAAGGCUUUGGAAAAACUUCGUGGAUCAAAACUAGACACGAUAGGCAUAGUUUGCGAUUUGUCAAGUACAAACAAAAAAAUGUUUAAACAAUUGGGAGUUGAAAAAACGAAACCAUACUUCCAUUUAAAUGAAAGAAAAUAUUUUGCAUUUUUUGAUGUCCCUCAUCUCAUUAAGUCAGUAAGAAAUAAUUUCAUUAACACUAAUUUGAUAUUGAAUGAAAAAUAUAUUUGCUUCUCAGAUAUAAAACAAGUGUAUGAUAUUGAUAAAAAAAGCUCAACCGGAAAAGCCUUGUUGAAACUCACAGAUAAACAUCUCAACCCUAACUCAUUUCAAAAAAUGAACGUAAAGUUAGCAACCCAGUUGUUGAGCCAUAGUGUUUAUGCUGCCCUUAUGACAUCUUCCAGGACAGGUUCUUUAUACUAUGGUACAAGUCUCAUGAACAACCUUUAGCAUUCACAUUCAGCAGAGGAGCCAUUAAUUCUUAUAAAUUGACAUCGCUAAUAAAAUCACUCAUAAAAGAAUUAGAAUUAAUUGGGUUGGAUGUUGUGGUCACAAUUUGUGAUCAGGGCAUCACCAACACAAAGACAGUGCAAAUGCUGCUUCAGGAAGGAAGACAGGAACAUGUGAAUUAUGACCAUUUUGGUUUUUUUGUGGACAACAAAGAGAUUGUUCCUUUAUUUGAUACUCCUUACCUCAAUGAAGGUUUAAAGAACAAUCUCUUGUCAAAAGAUGCACAUUUUUUAUUAGACGAUGACCCAAAAAAAGCAGAAUGGAGCCAUAUCAUACAAUUUUAUAAUUCGGACAUAUCUGAACCAUCAACUGAUUCACAUGUUCUGCCUGAAAAAAUUAAUGAAAUGAAGGUAAAGCUGUGCACACAGGUGUUCAGCAACACUGUAGGAAGUUUAAUGAAAAGAAUUUCUAAAUGUGGUGCGUUGCAGAAAUGAAGAACUACUUGUAUGAUGAUUUAUUCUUUAAAUUCCUACUUGAUUUAUUAAUCAAGAUCCAUCUUUAUUUUAAAAUGAUACUGAAACAAUUUUUUUUUCCUUUCGUAUAUUAAAGAAAAAUGCAGUUUACCUUCCGAAGCAGCAGACACUGCCGAAUUCAUUUUAUUUUUGGAUAAAUUAUUCGUUCUCUCAAUGUAUCACAGAUUCGAAAUAAACAGGGUAAGUUUUUGAAGGAGCCAAUAACGAUUAAAUCAGAACAUGAAAUCUUUUGGGAAAAAUCAAUCAAAAUUUUCGAAAAAAUGUAUUUUUAGGAUGACAAAAGAAAUGUGGUGGGACCUACCAUAAAAUAAAUAUUUUUACUCUGAAAGC